AAUUUUCAUUAUUGUAUUUUAUGUAUUAUUUUAUGUUUUUUCUCUUCAUAUUUUCUUUGUUUAACUUCAAGCUUUAAUACUUUUUUCAAACUUGCCGAUUUAUUUUUCUACAAAUCUGUUGUUAAUUGUCAAACUACACAUAUAUACCACCAUAAUACAAAAGUAAAAAACACGAAAAUUAUCCAAAAUUAAAAUGUAGUGGGUAUAUAAUUUCAAUUGAGUAAAACUAGAAAAUAAAUGGUCUAGAGUGCGGCCCUGUUCUUUAUUUUCAUGUGUAGUACUCACGUCUGUGGUACAGAGGGCGACACAGAUGGCUGAAAGUUGGUUUCACACUAUGCGAAUGUCAUGCAGAUCAUCUGUUUACAGUCAAUAUUGAAUAUAGAAGAUCCUGUAUUUGUGUUUUGAUUAUUUUGUGCGAAGUUUAAAUAAGGUAGAAGCACUGAAUACUGAAUUUCUAGCGUUUGUAAUUGAUCAAUAAUGGGAGAUCGUGAGGCUCCAAACAGUGAUCAGGAUGAUCAAAAUGGUUUGGCCGAAGUGGAAAAUGGUCAUAUCACAGACUCCAAUUCUCCUGCAGGAGAGAGCAGUUCUGGGGAUGACGAUUUAGGGUUAGUGAAUAUUUCAACUGGAGAAUAUGAUAUGGAUUUGCCUACAACUCAUGGGUAUCUUGGGAAACUAAACCCUCUAAGUGGAUACACUUUAUUUGAGGAUGGCGAGGUAUUACAUAACAUUUUCGCACUAUUUACUGACACUUUAGUCUUUCCCGGAUUCACUCUUCCCUUAGUAAUGAACGAUUAUUUCGAAAAUAGAGUUUUCAAGAAUUUUAUCGAUGAGCAUAAUAACGUGUUUGUGUUGCUAUGUGCCAAAUCCCCUGAUAAAGGUUUAAUAGAGUAUGGAGUUACGAUGGAAAUUUUCGAAACCAGCCUAAGAAAUAAUAUGUUACAUAUUAAGGCGAAGGGGCGACAACGAUGCGAGAGAAUAUCAUCCUCUAAUGUGGAAAAUGUAGCUGGAAGAAUUAGACUCGUAACAGUUAAAAUUCUGGGUGACCCGCCAAUUAAGCCUCCCUUAGAAAACACACAACUUUUAGCACUAAAAAGUAAAAGGAAAUGGAAUUUGAACUCUUUUGAUGAAUUGAAAAGUUGUGUAAAAUUCAGAAGGUACCAUGCUGCACAGUUUCGUUUUGCCAACUGGGUGUACGAUUUAAACGAAGUGACUUAUUAUACCCAAAUCAUUCUGCAGGCCCUGACUAAUUAUGGAAAAGACUUGAUUCCGAAUGAUCCCGAGCGACUGUCGUACUGGUUUGUUCAGAACUAUUUGCUAAAACCUUUGGAAAGGAUUCGAAUAUUGAGUGCUAAAAGUACAUUGGAGAGAUUAAAAUUAGAAGUCAAUUAUUUAAGAUUGGAUAGACUCAUAUGUUGUUAUAAUUGCCGAUAUGAAAUCACGUAUCCUUCCAAAAUAUUUGCCAUGUCGAAAGACGGCCUCCAAAGCAAUUAUGUGAAUCCUGGUGGAUUUGUAUAUGAAAUUAUCACAGUAUCGUGUGCGAACAACAUUCGACUUGCCGGCGAUGCAUCACGACAAUUUUCUUGGUUUCCGGGCUACGCUUGGACAGUAAUUGAAUGUAUAAACUGUAACAACCACAUAGGGUGGCAAUUUACCAGCAACAAUUUGACGCCCAAGAAAUUCUUCGGUCUGGCACAUACUGGAAUCAGAAUUGUAUCGGCUGCUCCUGCUCUAGAUAAGCAGGAUCCAACUGGUCAUACGACAUAUGCCUAUGAUUAUUACGGAUUGUCAGAUUCGUUUAAUUGAUAAACGUCGCAUUUUUCGGCCUGUGAUAUUGGCUACUUUGGAAUAAAAUCCUGUAAGUAAGUAUAGAUACUAAUUUCGUGAUUACUUUUCCCACAUGCCGGAUGUCUCACGGAAAUUGCUAAUGUAAAACUAGUAUUGAGUUUAAAACACAUUGACAUUUUCAAUUAUCUUUAGUCUUCAACAUACAGCCAAAUCUUGGUAAUAUUAUUCUGUUAUUGAUUGGCAUUAAUCAGUUAUGUUGCAUACAAUGUAGGUUUGGUUGUUGCAAUGUCUUCAACACAACACAACAACGAGUUUCAACAAAAACCAUUAUUUUCGAUACUACAAGAACUUAUUACGUUUAUCAAGUAGCUUGCUUAAACUUGUACAUACUUACAUAUAAAGAAAUACAAUUUGACAAAAAAAAUG